CAUACAUACUAAAAUACAGUUGCACUGGUCUAAGCAGAACAGACUACAUCAGGAUCAUAUGAGAUAAAGUCAGAGAACAGUAUGUCUGAGGAUAUCUACGCCAAGCCAGACCUCACCAAGAAAGUUAGGUUUCAGACAGAGGAGAAGAAUGGAAAUGUAGACAUCUGUGAAGACAUCGAUUCUGUGACAAUCUAUGACAACUGCUGGGCAGAGGGAAGCACACCUCCGAAAUUACAGGACAACACCACUGAGGACCAACAGCAAACCAUUUCAGUCAGUGUCCCUCCAGAAAAGAGGAAUCUUGUCAGACCUGCUGCAGUGGUUCUGGUUCUGCUGGGUCUUCUCCUCCUGGCAGUAGUCGUUGCCCUGGUGGUCCUGUUGAUUCAAGACAAAAGUCUCAGUGUCAACCUGACCAGUGAGAGAGACCAACUACAGACAAACUACAGUGAAAUGAAACAACUCAAUCACAACCUGACGCAUAAGACAAACCAGUUAGAGAGAGACAAGGAAAAUCUCACCAAAGAGAGAGAUGAACUAUGGACAAUUUACAGUGAAAUGAAACAACUCAAUGUCAACCUGACCAGUGAGAGAGACCAACUACAGACAAACUACAGUGAAAUGAAACAACUCAAUGUCAACCUGACGCAAAAGACAAACCAGUUAGAGAGAGACAAGGAAAAUCUCAUCAAAGAGAGAGAUGAACUACAAAAGCAACUCGAGACAUCAUUCUGUCCUGCUGACUGGAUAAAGUUUAACAUCAGUUGUUAUUUAAUUUCCACCUCAAUAAAAAGCUGGGAUGACAGCAAACAGUUCUGUGAAAAUAAAAAAGCACACCUGGUGAUUGUAUCUGGUACAGAGGAACAGAGGUUUCUCAGCUCAUUGGGCCACAACAUCUGGAUUGGUCUGAAUGACAAAGAAAAGGAAAAUGUCUGGAAAUGGGUUGAUGGAACAGAGGUCACCACAACGUACUGGAGAAACAGUCAGCCGGAUAAUGGAGGACGUAAAGGUCCUAAAGAUGAAGACUGUGUUCAGAUUCAAAACACGUGGCGUGAUUUAAAAAACUGGAAUGAUUUAAGAUGUAAUAAUGAACUACACUUCAUCUGUGAGAAAAUACUUAAAUGAAAUAAAUGAUUUUAGCACACUCUCACACUCACACAAUCAUUUAUAAUGAUUUGAAAAAAAAAUCAGUUAUAAAUGAUGUUUUCAAUUUUUAAAAAAAUGAUUCAACACAGUAAUAAUUUCAGUGUCAAUAGACUUUAUAUCAAUGGUUGAAUUUAUUGAAACCAGGGGCAUCAGUUCUCUCAUUUCCAGUCAAAAAAGAGGUUACAAUAAGAAGAGAACAUUUCUAACUGUGCCAAAAGCAGCAAACAUACUUUUGAGGCACAGAUUUUAACAUAUCUUGAUACAGCUUUCCUUAUUCAAAAUUCAAAACACUACUGUUAUACCCUCAGGUCGGGUUUGGUGGCCUGGAUUCUGGGUGGGUGGAUGGGAGGGGAAGGUUCUGUUGUACUUUCAUUAUUAUUGUCAUGUUUUUCUUUUCCCUUGCUUUAUCUUUUUUGUCUGUUUUUUAUGUGAUGAGCCUUUGGUGAUGUAUUGCUGAUUCUGAUAAUUAAUUCAAAAUCAAUAAACCUUGAUCA